AUGUCUUCUUUCAUUUCGGCGGAUGUCGCCCAUGCCAAAUGGUCUUCACUUAGGUAUGCAACCCUGGAUGCUGCCAGCAUCCUCAUCAUUGUCAGUUCUUCAACUGUAGACUUUCACAGGUCACUCAAGAUGGAGAGAGAACGCCGCCUUGUGUUGCUGGAUUGUUUGAUGGCCAUCCAACACAAUCAGAUGCAGAUGAAGAUCCUGAUGGCCAAGAUGCAAGCCAUCCUUGAAAGGAAAAAAGAGAGGAUGUGUUGGGUUCGUCACUGGAUCACAUUGCGACCACACCAGGGUGCCUAUGGUAACCUGAUGCACCUGCUACGCAAUGAGGAUGUUCAGGGCUUCCGCAACUUCACCCGCAUCACACCUGCCAUGUUUGCCGAAAUGGUCACCCGCCUCACUCCUCGCUUACAGAAGUAUGAUACCUGGUACAGGAAGGCCCUUCCAGUAGGCUUGAAGGUCGCCAUCACCAUGCGCUACCUUGCCAGUGGGGACUCCUACCACAGCCUGAUGUACCUAUUCUAUGUACCCCACAACACCAUCUCACUCUUGGUGUUGGACGUGUGUCAGGCCAUCUACGCUGAGUAUGGCGAGGAGACCAUCAGCAACCCAUCUACUCCAGAGGGGUGGAAGGGCAUUGCCCAGACCUUCUCCGACCGGUGGAACUUCCACCAUUGCCUGGGAGCCUUAGAUGGCAAGCACAUCCGCAUCAAGGCACCCGCGAACUGUGGCUCCCAGUUCUACAACUAUAAGGGGUACAACUCGAUUGUACUCCUUGCCCUGGUUGAUGGCAACUACAAGUUCCGGUGGGUGGAGGUAAGACAUACGUUGAAGCGCGCGUCAAACGCGAUGGUUAGACCGCCUUCUAUACACCUGAUAGAGGUUAAAAUUACCACUGAGGGGGAGGUAGAAACAGUACUGCCAAUAACAGCGGAUGAAGAGAUGGAGUUCAAGGAAUUCUACUCUGCCGUUCUGCAGACCCUCCUUCACCCUCUGGGAAAGGUAGACGGCAUGAAAUUCAACCCUCUGGAACUUGUUGGACAUCUGCAGAGGAUAUUCCAUGUUCCUAAUGCAUCCCACAGUACACUAGUGAAGGAGGAGGUCAACAGAAGACCGGAUCGUUUCUUUCUGAGGGUGACUGUUGUGGAAGCUAAGGAUAUCAAGGGAAUGGAUCCUAAUGGUAUGAGUGAUCCGUAUUGCAUCCUGACCCACUGCAACAAGGCAUUCAGUAGCCCCGCCCAGCAACGCUCCUCCCACCACCACUCCCAUAACAAGGGCCACGCCCGUAGCGACAGCUUUGACCAGCUCCUUGGCUACCAGUCCCACCAGCCCAUGCAGCAUUCUAACACUCUUCCGCUCUCCUCGGCGAACAGUACCGGCAAGUUCCUCUCGCCUCAGACAUCUCUACCAGAGGCCACUCAUCAUCUUAGUCUAAACAGGAACGUUCAGAGGAACAGGAGCUUCAACCGCAAGGACAGGCGUAGGAAGUCCCUGGAACACCUUGGUCUUGGGGUCAGACUCAUCCAACGUCUCCCCAACCUCACCCAUAAUAACUCUCUAGAGGCCGACUCCCUCUACAGGACGUCCGUCAAGUCAGCCACCCUGCAUCCCGUCUGGAACGAGACCUUUGAUAUUGAGCUGAACAGAAUAGACGGUGAGUUGAUAAUCACAAUGUGGGACCUGGAUGAGGAGACUAGUCUGUGGGAUGCAUGCAAGAGCCUGGAAGCAGAUCACAAGCUGGCUGGCAUCAAAAACAUCUUCCGGCACAUGAAGCACGGCAUCAACAAAUGCACGGAUGACUUCUUGGGUCAGGUCACCAUACCCCUGGACAAGAUCGAGGCUGCCACCAUCACCGAGGACUGGUACCGGCUCCAGAGAGGUCACGCAAAGGUCAUGAGCUCUCAGGUGACCGGCAAGCUGCACCUCAAGAUGCACUACCUCAGGAUGAAGUCUGAGAACCCUGCAGAGACGGAUGAGAGGGCACUGUCCUACUACCACCAGCUGGUGACCGCUGCUCAGAAACAUGAUGCCGGAAAACAUAUUAAGAAUAAGGACACUCCAUGGGAUGGGAGACUGAGUACGCUGAGCCACCAUGUUCUCAAUCAGUUUGCAGUACAGAGUGGAAUCAGCAAACUAUCGCAAAACAUCAUAUAUCUGUCGGCCUUACUGGAGUUUCAGUUGGAGUUCACCCGCAAGUUGAAAGAAAUGGAGAUGGCGUCCCCGGACCCCAUCAUGCAGCCGUCGCCCGUCGAGAGUGGCUUUGACGAGACAGACUCUAUCUCCUCGCCCUACACUCCGACUCCCAACAACAACAAUCACAGCAAUCGUAGUCCUCAAAUUGGCAACCUGCCGGAGAAGAUGGAUCCGCCAAAGGAUGAUGAGGUCAAGCAGAGGUCACCGAGCAGGUCGAAGUUCCGACUGCAGCGGGAUUCAGUGUUCGAUCACGGCGACAACUUUGUCCCUCAGUUGAUGGGUAGCGAUAAACUUGGGGGAAUGGUCAACGACCGAUUGGUCAGGGAGGCCCUCUACAAGAUCCACGCAGAGAUGAUGGCCGAAUCUGCAGUGACCAUCUACGGCAGCGACCCCAAAGGUGUGGCAACACUCUUUGAGAAGAGACCCGAGUGGCUCCGCUUUGAAACUGCUAUUGUGGAAAACUCGAUCAGUAGUUACAUCUACGAGUGCUUGGCCAGUCUUCCAGAUUGUGAAUCAUUCUUUCCUCCCAACAACCUCAUUGGGCUUGACAAUGCCAACAAGAACUGCAAAUUGCAGUUGCUGCAGAACCUUCUGUCGAUGCGUAUUUGGCGUGAUCAUAAGACCCCGGUCCAUCGGCUGGUGAUGAAACUCCUAGAGUCGGUGGUACGCAAUGAUACCAGGAAGCACAUCCUCACUGACCUUGACUCGAUUCCAUUACCUGAAGGAUCUCUGAAACCAGGAGAGCUAGUUGAUCUAUUAGCGAGAUUCGCCGAGGUCUUGUCUCGAUUCACCAGCUACUGUAAGAGCCAGAACGAUUACAAGAACUUCUUCUCCAGAUUCGAUGUAGAUUUCUUUACAACUGUCACCAUAGAGAUUGACCGGCAGGUGUCCAAGUAUCUCCAGGACAUCAUCCUCAAGCGGCUGAACCAGUACCAGGCCCGGUAUAGACGCUUCCCUCAGAACAUUGCAGAAGCAAGCAAGGCAGGACUGGCCCUCUACAUGUCCGUCAAGAAUCUGGUUGCUAUCCUCAAGAAGAAUAUUUCCAAAAAGGAUAAACUGGGCCUAGAAGAGUGCUACGUCUGGUUCCAGGUCCCGCUCACCUACUGGUUGGUCACCUUUCAACAUGAGACCUUCAGUCGGGUCCACAAGGCCCUGGAACUUGACACAGAGGUCAAGUUGGUCCAUGAAGUGGUCAAGUAUUCCAACUCGGCCGUCGAUGUCCAGGCCUGCUUUGCGAAGGUUACUCAGGAAUGGCGGAGCAUUGGCUAUGAAAACCCGAACAGCCGCUGUAUGGCCAUUACAAAGCUCACUGAUCUGAUUUGUGAAGGGGCUAAGCUCUAUGCUUGUAAGAUCCACUGUAUCCUGGAAACCAAUGGAUUCUAUAAGACCAGCAAAGAUGGGCAGUUUGAUAUCAAGGAUAAGCUGUGCAUCACCCUGAACAACAUUGAGCAUGUCAGGGGCUAUCUCGACAACCUGCCCACCCUGCUGGAGUGGGAGGCAAACUGCAACCAGCUGGCCGCCCACCACCAGACGGCCGCAGCGGGCAAGCUGACCCUCAGCACCCUCAAGCGCUUGACCCAGAGGGCGUGUCACGACAUCCACUACAUGUCCAGCCUCCUGGAGAGGAAGAUCGCCUACAGGCUCAGCCAGGAGGUCAACAAACAUCUCGACAAGUUUGUCAACCCACAGAAGGGUCACACCAGUGAUGAGUGUAUGGAAGAGCUCCUGGACUAUAUAGAUGAUAACCUAGGAACUCUUUACAAGCAGCUGCUUCCUCAGAUCUUUCCUCGCCUAGUACAGGAACUCUGGAAUGCUCUGCUGACCAGCAUCAGGUCCAGGAUCCAGGAAGGCAGACCACCGGGCUACUACAAGAGGCUGCAACAGAGCUUGGACUCUCUGGAGGCCUACUUCCAGAGGCCGGGCAUCGACCUGACCAGUUCCAAGACCCGGACGGACGAGUACCACGCCAUCCUAGAGAAACUGGAGCCUAACACCAGGUCCACGUUCAGUCUGUUGGCCCUGUACUAUCGGGACCUGGCCCUGGACAUGGCCACACCUAUGGCCUAUCUGGGUCAUGUCAGCAUCAAGAUGGCGUAUCAUGAGGUACCGGGUGACAUGAGGUCACUCUCGGUCAAAGUGUGUAAUGCAGUGGAUCUCCCCGGGGUUAAGAGAAGUGGUUUGAGUGACCCAAAGAUCAUCGUGGAGAUUUGUCCAGAGACAACCUUCAACAAAGUCUUAGCUUUCAAGACUGCGGUCAAAUAUAAAGAAGUGAACCCAGUUUUCAAUGAAGUCUUUCAGUUCGGUGCGCUGCCUGAAGAGGCGUUUGAGCUGGACACGGUGAUCCUUUCGGUGACGGUGGUCGAUCACAACACCGUGGUCUGCGACAGCUUCCUCGGUGAGGCCUUCAUCCCGCUUCAUCAGGCAAGGCCGGUGACGGAGAAGCAGACCGUAGACCACUGCCCUGCUGUCAUGCUGGCCCUUAAGAGGCCUAGGAGACACAGGGGUCAUGUAGAGAUCCUGAGGAGCAGGAGCAAGUGGGACAAGAGCGCCAAACAGUUCAUCACCAAGCGAACCUGGGCCAUCCAACAGCAGAGACAAAGAACAGACAAGAAGAUUGUCUCUCGACAUAACCACAAUGCAUUCUUCCCAGAAUGAGGUCUCCUGGAUGAUCUUGGAAGGCCACUUGGUUGAUCUCUGUAACCAAGGCAUCAUUCCUGAAGCAUCUACCAAUCAAGGAAGGCUUGCUCUGCUACCCUACCAUAAUGCUUUCUGCCUCUGAUCAAGGAACGAUCAUACAAAGCAGCCAUUUUGUUUCUGAAAAGUAUCUUUGAAGAAAGACAUACUUUGGUACCAUAGAAGUGUUGUAGUCAAGUAGAUAUAUUACUAGACUAUUGAUUGACUGGUUCAUGGUCCAAAUCCCAGCUGCAGCAGUAAGACAUUAGUCUACAAUUGCCACUCUCCACCCAGGUUUAGUAGAUGGAUAGCUGGUAGGAAGGUAUUCCUUGAAUGCUUUCAGUGUCCCGGGAUAGCCCAGCUGAAGCCAGCACAUUAGUAGUACUUUUUCAAGCGCCUUGCAUGAGCAUCCCCUGGGAUGGAUUUGUGCGUAAUAAAAUAUGUAGCUACUUAAUGUUCACCACACACAUGUAAAACCUAUGAGGAUUUGUUGUUCGCCACACACACACACACACACACACACACACACACCAUCUUCAAGUUCUAAAAUCGAGCCAUUGGAUGUUGAAGGGUCCUUGUGUAGGGCAGUAUCCGCCAUGAUCUAACUUUCCUAUCUGAUAUUUACACAAAAAUUCACUGAAAAUCAUGGAUAGCUUAUCGAAUGAUCUUGCAUAUAUAUAUAUAUAUCAUUUUAUACAAGGAAAAUACUAUCACUCCAAUUUGCCUUCUGCAACCAGGGCCCCAUCUUAUGAAUCAAUUGCAAGUUCUACAAUCAAUUGCAGUUUGCAAUCUCCUAUCUCUUAUGUACAUACCGUAGUUGCAAUUGAUAUCAAUUGCAAAUGAGUUGCGAUUGAUAUCAACUCUUUAUAACUGUACAUGGGGUUCUGAGACAAGUUACGAAUGUAUAAUUCUUUAAUUUAUAGCUUUUUAAACAAAUGUCUGUGUAACAUAACUGUUGAAUUAAGAGCCAGUACUGAACAUUGCAAUGGUUAAAGUUUUAUUUUCGUACUCAAAACUUUUAUUCUUACUAGCAGGUCUGGUUUGUUAUAUUUUACCUUAUUUUUAAGAAAAAGUAUUCAUCAACAUGGAAAAUUACCCCUAUUCACAAGAUAUGAACGUGUUCUUUGUAAUGCAUGCAAUCUAUUAUUUAUUUGUAAAAAUUUGUAUCAGUGCUUCAUUGAAUAUGAUAUGGUACACUGGUAUCUUUGAGAAAAAAAUGUGAAUGGGGGUUACUUUUUAUGGGGAUUUUUAUGUUAUGUCUUUCCAAUUCUAUUUUUUUGUACCGCUAUGUAUCAUUUCACACGAAUAAAUUUAUCAUGAUAAUAAUAAUAAUAGCUCACAUUUAUAAUGCAUCUAAUACUUUGUUUCUAAUCAUCAUUGAAGUAAGAGCGGGGUGCAGCAUUAUAUUAUUUAGAUUAAUGUCAUAUCUUCUGCCUUAAGAAGCAAGCUGAUCUAGAACUCAACAACACAGGUACCCGUUUUGUAGAUUUUGAACAAGUUUUUGAUGGAAAGUUUGAAUUUAUUUUUACGGGAAUAUCUAAAUGACAAUCUAAAUAGAUCAGUUCAGGUGGUUUUUUGCCAAUGUUGAACGUGUAAGUAAAAUUUUGUAGUAAAAUGAUAAUAUAGAGAUUUCUUACAUAUUCCCUAUACAUACUAUAAAUACUAUACAUAUAAAUUUGCUAUGCAAUUUAUUUUAUAAUGUUGAUAGUUGUAAUAUAUGCUUAAACAAAAUUAAGAUUUUCUUUUUAAAAAAAUGUUAAGCCAUCUAUUCCUUCAUAGGAUUGAGGUUUCUUUAAAAAAAAAAAUGAAUUAUUCCAUCAAAUUCGUUUUCAACCCUAUUUUAAAUUUUAAUCUGGAAUGCUGGUAAGACAUAAGUCUGCCUUUACCACUCCUCACCCAGGUGUAAGUGGAUACCUGAUGUCCUUUUGAUGUAAAUUUAGUUUUAAUAGAAGCAGAACAAAAUGAGAGAAACAGGUCAGUGAAAGUUUGAGCAAAAACCAAUUAAAUGUAAGAAAGCUAUGAAUUUUUAAGGUUUAUUCAAUCAAACACCAAUUGGCAAUUCUGUGAUGUAUCUUGCACAAUCCCAUCCCAUUUGCCCUGUAUUAAAAAGCGUUAACCCUAAUCAGGCCGGGGGCGGUACGGUAAUACAUUGUGGAUUAUCUGAGUAGUUAUUUGCAACUGGCAGAGGGCAUUAAUGAAUAAUAUUUAUUGUAUAAGCAGUGUUGAUAUAUUUGUAAUACCUAUAUAUUCUAAUGCAAUAUGCUUGGGAUAAUCUGUAUAAAUAUAUUUUUCUACAUCAUAUUGAAUAUAUUACAAAUAAAAACAUAUAG